AUGGAAGAUGGGGCUCAGGUCAACCCCAAAGAGUUCAGGAAGAAGGGGCCGGUUAGAUCCUUAUCCUGGAAGACAUCAGUGGAGCAGACUGGACUAUUCUUCUCCAGGGCCACUUUUUUGUGGAAUGCCACCAGGUCCAUCCCGGGCAUCAGGAAGUUAUUCACCAUCACCAUUCUAGCAGGCAGUGUUUUGCCCAUGGUCCAUGGAGGCCUGCUGAACUUGAAAUCGAUGGUAGAGACCAUUACAGGGAGGAGCGCCAUCCUCUCUUUUGUGGGCUACGGCUGCUACUGUGGCCUAGGUGGCCGGGGUCUGCCCAUGGACGAAGUGGACUGGUGCUGUCAUGCCCACGACUGUUGCUACCAGAAGCUGUUUGACCAGGGCUGCCACCCCUUUCUUGAUCGAUACGAAUUUUCCAUCGACAACGAGACCCAGGCCAUCACCUGCAGUGAUAAGAAUGAGACAGAGUGUGACAAGCAGACCUGUGAAUGUGACAAGAGUGUCGUCUUGUGCCUCAACAACCAAAUCUACCAUGAGGAAUUCCGCAAUUACCUCAACAUCUACUGCAAGGGAAACACUCCAUCCUGCAGCAUCUACGACCCUCUGCCAGUGGAGAUUGAGUGUAAACACAUCCCUAAGACGCCACCUCCACCUACCUAA